AUGGCAAUCUUUGAGACUGUCCUCGAUCAUCUCACCCUGCGCAAUGUGUUUCUUGCUAUCGCCGGGUACGUUAUCUACUCGACAAUUUACCAGAUUGUUUAUUAUCGAUUUUUCCAUCCCCUUUCUGCUUUUCCCGGGCCAUUCUGGGCGACAGUAACCCGGAUAUGGCUUGGAUACCACAACUACAUGCAGACGGAACUAGCAGCCUGCUACGAGGCACACAAAAAGUAUGGGCCGGUAAUUCGCAUUACACCGACAAUGCUCCUAGUCAGUGAUGCGAGAAAGCUCCCUGAAGUCUACCACUUCAAAGCGGACAAGAGCCCCUACUACCUUACAGGAAGCUUCGGAGAGACCGAAAGCCUUUUCAACAUCCGUGACCAUAAGACGCAUGCUAAGUUGCGGAAAUUGAUUGCCCCUCCUUACAGCUUCUCAAAAGUGAGCACUAUGGAACCCAUGAUGGACGAACGUUUGGAGGCAUGGAUACAGAAACUUGAUGAAACAUUUGCAUCGACAGGCAAGGACUUCGAUUUUUGUGAGUGGGCUGUUUUCAUGGCCUACGAUAUUGUGUCUGACUUUGGCUUUGGGGCACCGUUUGGUUUUGUGGAAUCCGGAACCGAUAUUGGCGGACUAAUUCAAGGCUUCCACGACGGAAUGACGGCAUUUGGGCUCCUAGGCAGGUUUUACCCCUUCACGGGGCUUCUGAAAAAGACUUCCAUUGGAAAGCAGGCACUGGUUGCGAAGCCCGAGGAUAAUACCGGGAUCGGCACCUUGAUGCGAUUUCGUGAUAAGCUUCUCGCCCAACGACUUGCGGAUAUCGAGGCAGGGAAGACCCCUAGGCUAGACCUUCUACAAACAUUUCUCGAAGCCAGGACUGCAGAGGGCAAGCCUUUAGAUGAAGAAUAUAUCAAAGCCGAGAUUCUUCUUGUUCUCCUGGCCGGUGCUGACACGACGGGAACCGCGUUUCAGGCUGUGCUGUACUACCUUUUCACGCAUCCUGAGUGCUAUAAGAAGAUGAUGAUCGAGAUUGAUAAUGCCACGCGGAAAGGCCUACUUAGUAAGAUACCGCAAUAUGCUGAGGUUCAACAGCAUUGCCCGUACUACAACGCUGUGAUUAAGGAGUCCAUGCGACUGUGUCCUUCUGCGCCAAACAUCUUCCCUCGGAUGGUAUCUGAAGGUGGAAUUGAGCUUUUUGGAAAAUAUGCACCUGCUGGCGUUGAGAUCACUUGUAAUCCCUGGUUUGUUGGGCGGGACAAAUCACUGUACGGGGAAGAUGCAGAGGUGUUUAGACCGGAAAGGUGGAUUGAAGAUCCGAAAGAAAAAGUCAAAGAAUACGAUAAAUACAGCAUGGUCUUCGGUUACGGGGCGCGUGUUUGUCUUGGCAAAGAUGUCGCUCUCAUGGAAAUGGCGAAAGGUCCUUUACUGUUCUUCCAAAAAUUCGAGCCUCAGCUCGUAGAUCCAUCGAAAACAGGAGAGUUCAUUGUACAUGGAGGAGUAGGCUUCUGGGAGCGAAUCAAUAUCACGAUUAAACGAAGAAAGGCCGUAAAGCGCGAGGUUUGAGAAAGUAACAACAUAAGAAUAUGAUAGAGUGAUAUU